AUGAACAAUAAUGAUCAUCCAUCAUCAAAACCACUUGCCUCCAAGCCCCCACCUUACCCGUCUCAAAAUCAUGGUGGCUCCGGGCCUCAAGGUCACAAGGACAGCAAACAGAUGGACUCCCAAACUCGGUUUGAACAUGGUCCUCCUUAUAAGAGGCCGAGGAAUUAUGAUAACAAUGCAUCAAGUUAUUAUGAUAACAAUGGAACAAAUUCUGUGCCUUUUCAACCCCUGAACCCCCGAACUAGCCAGCCAAAUCAUACAGGGAGUAGAGGAACUACUAGUAUAUUUUUCAAAACGCGGAUGUGUGCAAGGUUCUUGGCUGGUACUUGUCCGAAUGGGGAGAGUUGCACAUUUGCUCAUGGAAGUGAAGAAUUGCGUGAACCCCCACCUAAUUGGAAAGACAUUAUUCGUGAGAAGGAUAGAGAAUCGGGGAACUGGAAUGAUGAUCACAGGAUAAUUCAUAGAGAGAGAAUUUGCAGGAAGUUUUAUAAUGGAGAGGAAUGUCCCUAUGGGAAUAGUUGCAAUUUUCUGCAUGAAAGUCCAUCAAGAUUCAGGUCUGAUGUUGCAAGGGCUCCCCCUAGGGAAAGCACUGCAAUUAACAUCGGAAAAGUGGGACCAGUGAUGGAGCAAAACAGUAACACUAACACUGGUCAAGCUGCAACUGUUAAGCAUUUUAAUGCCAAUACAGAUGCUUUCCAAGUCAAUAUGACGAAGCCAUGGAGGACAAAGAUAUGCAGUAAGUGGGAGAUCGAUGGCCAAUGUCCCUUUGGAGAUAAAUGUCACUUUGCUCAUGGACAUUCUGAGCUGCAGGUGCCUGGUGCCCACAGCGAGGCUGAGAUUAUGACAAAUGCCCAGUAUUUCUCAACAAAGCCUCAACCACAACUCUUAAGUGACGCAUUAGCUACCAAAGCAGAGGCCAUACUUCCCACACAAGAGAGGGUAAAUAAUGAGGUCUCCCCGAAGUGGAAGCUACAUAAAAAGAUUACUACAAUUUAUGGUGAUUGGCCUGAAGAUCUCACUCCACCAGAGAGCUCGCGACGCUAG